UCAUUGGCGGUAUUUUGAAAAGGAGGCAGCGUUGAAGUUGUUGUGUGUUUGACAACAGCGUGUUUAAAAUAUGGGGGAGGUGAACGCAGGCGGUCAGACAGCACCGGAGCUUUCAGAGGACGCGCAUUCUGCGCUGCUGGAGAUGUGUGAGGAGCAGUUCAGUCAGCUGGAGCAGCUUCAGAAUGAGAUCAUACUGAGUGGACCAGACUUCUGUGACAGUCUGCAAGAGCAGUCCAUAAACAGACUCACGGCAACAGAGGCUGAACUGAAACAGUGGCAGGCACUGGAGCCAAAACUGCUGGCAACAAAUCCUGAAAUUGUAUUUCAUGCUGGAAAAGAGGAGAUGCUCAAGCUGUGCUCUGAACUUGAAAUGUAUGUUUCUUGUUGUGAAGCCAAAAGAGACAAAUUGAAAGAGACUAAAGAGGAUGAGCAAAGAUGGCUGGAGGAGAAGAAACAGGUGCUAAAAGCGACCAACGAUCACGUUAAACAACUUCAACAAGAAAAAACAACUUUAUCCGAGCGCAAUGUGCUGCAUGACAUCAAGGGAAAAAUCCAGAAGAUGAAGGCCUACCAGGAACAGCUGAUGGAGUCUCUGGGAGAGAUCCUGGAGGAGCACCUUCCUCUCCCCCAGAAUGAAUCUUUCAAAAGCAGGAAGAAGAACAUUGCACAAGAGAUUAAAGAAGAUCUUAUUUCACUCAAUGAAAUUCUUGAGAUGCUCAUGAACAAGGCCCUGAACACGCCACACGACCCCUACGUGACAAUAGAUGACACAUUCUGGCCUCCUUACAUAGAGAUGCUCCUCCGUUUUGGAAUUGCAGUGAGACACCAGGAGAAUAACUUGAAGAUCCGACUGGAAACCUUUUUCUAACACACUGAAGUGUUACAUUUCUCCAGCAUCACUUUUCUAGUAGUUUAUAUCCAAAUUAAUUUGUACAGUAAUUUGUGUAAGCUAAUAUGAAGAGUAACUAUUAAGCUGUGAGGCUAGUGAUAUAGUGCAUGUUGUACCACAUCUGUAAAGUAUGUUUAGAAAUUGUUCUAAUCCUUCAACACAAUUUUAGAUCUGUUUUACAUAUUAAAAUAUCUACAUAUUAACAAUGUGUUAAUAUUAGAACAUCUAAGUUAUCAAAACAUUUCAGGUCUGAAAGCCUGUAAUUCAAAGAUGGGUUUUUACCACGUUUACUGUGCCAUAAACAGGAAAUCAGCUUUGAUUAGAGUUAUGAAAGAUUAGAGUCUUGUAAUCCCCCUAUUUACAUUGUUUUCAAAAACACUGGCUUAUGAUAAUUUGUAUUAACACCUGAAGUAUCUGUAAUCACUUAUUAAUUCUACACCUAUGUUGCAUUAGCUCUUAACUGGUAAAAAUAGUCUGUUUUUUUUUUUUUUUUUUAAUUUUAAGUUAAGCCAUAAACUUUGAAAA